UCUGUGCAGGGGUGGGGUUGUUGUUGUUGUUGUUGUUUACACAGUCAGACAGGUGUUAUUGAGUGGUUUGUUAUAUCCAGACAUCGAGUCCUUCCCAAGGACCUUAUCAACAUUAUCACUGUUGUUGCUGUUAUUAUUAUAGAUAUUGUCGCAGAAUAUAGGCUGUUCCCAGCAAUGUUGCUUUUUGUAAUUGGCUGAUGGUGAUUUCUGUGGCCCCUGUGGUGUUGAGGUGCUCUUGAAGGUCUUUUGGUACUGCACCCAGGGCGCCAAUUACCACUGGGAUGAUUUUGGUCUUUUUCUGCCACAGCCUUUCAAUUUCAAUUUGUAGAUCUUUGUAUUUUGUGAUUUUUUCUAUUUCUUUUUCUUCUAUUCUGGUAUCCCCUGGUAUUGCUAUGUCGAUUAUUUUGACUUGUUUUUCUUUCUUCUCGACUACAGUGAUAUCUGGUGUAUUGUGUGGCAGAUGUUUGUCUGUUUGUAGUCGGAAGUCCCAUAAUAUUUUUACAUCUUCAUUUUCUUCAACUUGUUCGAUGUUAUGGUCCCACCAGUUCUUGGCUACAGGUAGCUUGUAUUUUUUUCAGAUGUUUCAGUGUAGUAUCUCUGCUACCUUGUCAUGCCUUUGUUUGUAGCCAGUCUGUGUGGUGGUGAUGAUGAUGAUGAUUACUAUUUCUUGUUUACACAGUCAGACAGGUAUUAUUGACUGGUUUAUUUUAUCCAGACAUCGAGUCCUUCCCAAGGACCUGGGAUGCCUGGAUUUUAUUAUUAAUAUUAUUAUCAUAGAUAUUGUUGCAAAAUAUAGGCUGUUCCCAGUAUUAUUAUUAUUAUUAUUAUUAUUAUUAUUAUUAUUAAGUCGAUUUCUGUACCACCCUUCCAAAAAUGGCUCAAGGAGGUUUACAAAGCGAAAUAAUAAAUAAGAUGGAUCCAUGUCCCCAAAGGGCUCACAAUCUAAAAAGAAACACAAGUUAGAUACCAGCAAUAGUCACUGGAAGGAUACUGUGCUGGGGAUGGAUAGGGCCAGUUACUCUUCCCCGCUAAAUAAAGAGAAUCACCAUGUUAUUAUUCAGAUAUUAUGUUGUACAUGUAUCCAGGUUCUGUAUACAUGCACAUUUUUUGUGUACAUGUCUAUACACAAGGUCAUUUUAAAAGUGAACCUGAAACAGGAAGCUGCCUUAUGCUGAGUCAGACCAUUGGUCCAUCCAUAGGCAGAUUACUGCAUAGGCAAUAGAAGCAAUUGCCUAUGGUGGCAAACCUUGGGGUGGUGGCAAAUCUUGGGGUGGUGGAAAGAUGAAUCUUUAAUUUUUAAAAAACACUCAAAACUACUGCUUUUUGGCAGCAGUGAGAGCCCCUAGUGGGCCCACCAAAUCAUGUUGGGCGCAGAUUGCUGCCUGCCUGGGCAGCAACUGAGAUGGUGAGGGAGAAGUCCCCCCUCCCUUAUUCUUCUAAAAGCUGCUGCUGCAGCGGCGAGAUAGCGGCAGUGACUGCGGCGAGCAGGGAAUGAGGGGAAAGUCCCCCCCUUUACAUUAAAAUGCCGCUACCAGUGCGGCGUAAUGGGGCAGCAGCGGAAAGGAUUGUGGUGUCUGGUGUGUGUGUGUUGGAGGGGGGAAGUUCCCCCGUUUACCUUAAAGCUGUUCCGCUGCCACUGCGCAGAGGAGCAGUGAGAGAAAGGUCCUUCUCCUCCCAAAUGAGUGUACGCCCCUUCACAGCCUGAUUUGUACCUAUCUCCACACGUGGAGAAAGGUCCAAAACGAUCUGCGACAGGGCGUAUGUGCACUCAUUUGGGAGGGAGGAGGGGAGCUGGAAGAAGCUCUCCCCCGCCACUCUUCCGUGCAGUGGCAGCAGACGCUGCUUUAAGGUAAAUGGGGGAACUUCCCACACACACAGACCACAACCAUUCCUGCUGCAACCACUGCCUCCUGCUGCAACUGCUGCCUCCCCAUUCUGCUACGCAGGCAGUGUCAUUUUAAUGUAAAAGGGGGACUUUCCCCUUGACCCCCGCAGCCACCGCCGACUAUCAAUUUUGUGUCUAUGAGGUGUUUUGCUGCAAUUGUGUUUGGCUUUAUGUCGCAGGUUGAGUUUACAUCCAGGAUCAGUGGAAUCUUGAAUACUGAGUGUGCUGUUCCACCUCCUGGUAAUAGUGUAGCUGCUAUUCCCGUUGAGGCAACUGCUGUAGCCUGGUCUCCUUUGCCUCGGAUAGUGUGUAUGAGUGUUGUAUAGACAAAUGUCUUCCCUGUUCCUGCAGAUCCAUCUAGGAAAAAGCAGUGUGGCUUGUCAUUUGGAAUGUCAUAUAUAGCUUGUAGUAAUGUGGUGACAGCUCUUUGUUGUUCUUGGUUUAGCUUGCUGGUAUGUAUUAUGGCCUGUUCUUGCUCUUCAGGAAUGUCUAAGAUGUCCUGUUUUUGAAUAGCAUCUGGUAGAUGCAGAACUGGCAAAUUCAAGUUUUUCAAAGUCAAACCAUAAGUUCUUAACUGUGUUUCAAUUGCAGCCAGUGCAUAUUGUGGGUCAGUGGUCUCUGAAUAUUUAAGUACUAAAUCUUCAUCUGUCACAGCCUCUAUCUCUAUUCCUGUUAUGGAUCUCCAACUGGGAAUUGACAGAGGGAGUGUGACUCUGUUGCUCCUUUUAGAUCUCUUGGUGGCUUUCAAUACUAUUGACCAUAGUAUCCUUCUGGAACAUUUGAGGGGAUUGGGGGUGAAGCAGUAACAGCUCCAUUUUUUCUGGUAACACUCAGUUUCCCUCUUGGAUGGGGUUUAUUUAUGGAUGUAAAUGAAUCAAGGGUGCGAAGGAGUUGUCUGCCUGUUACUAAUGACUUUGUCUUGCAAAUAUGAUGUUUUCAAGGGUAAGGUUUCCGUGUGCCCCAAAUGCCUGAACCUCAGAUGACCUAAUUAUCCAUUAUUUACAUAACUCCAGGUUACUGUAUAUGCACCCAAGAGAACAUAAAGCAAGCACCAGUCAUGGUGAAUGAGGCAGAAUGAGGCUAUUAUAAACAAUAAUUAGUAUGUACAGUACACUGUACCUAUUUCCUCACUGAACUGGAAAUGCUUUUUUGUGGCUGUUACAUAACAACAAGCUUGAGGUCACAUUCCACAUCCAAAUAGCCAAGGAGUUCCCGGUUACUCAUGACUUUGUCUUGUAAAAAUGCUAUUUUCAAGGGAAAUAUGUUCAGUUCCUCUCUUGAUUUAUUGAUGUUUAAGCAUGCACUUUUGAAAUGAGGAUUUUGUGUCUCAGAACAGGAAAUAAACUAAUGGGUCAGGCACCUAGGUCAACUGGGGAAAGGAAUCAAUGUAGUUUUGAUUAAUGUUGUUCCUUUAUGUAUCAGACUACCAUAUAAAACAAGCUAUUGCCAAUGAAAUCCUAUGCCAAACUUUUAAAAUUCAUUAUAUUUCUAUUCUGCCCUUUCUCCAAGAAGCACAUGAUUUCCCCCUGUCCUAACCUUACAACAACCUUGUAAAAAACAUUAGGCUGAGAGACAGUGAAUGACCCAAGGCCACUCAAGUCUUAACAGAGCUCGAAGACAGGUCAGAAUGGUCCAGUUUGGGCUCAGGCAGUUAAGGAGUGAUGGCCAGAGGCAGAAGACAGGAUUGGAGUUGGGUAGCUGGAACAGGCAAGGCUGUUCCAAUAGAAUCUCUUCCAAUGAGACAAUGGAAUCUUAUUCAUGGAAGACAGGUUAUAAGAACAUAAGAACAGCCCUGCUGGAUCAGGCACAAGGCCCAUCUAGUCUAGCAUCCUGUUUCACACAAUGGCCCACCAGAUGCCUCUGUGGAGCCCACAGGCAAGAGAUAUGUGCAUGCCCUCUCUCCUGCUGCUGCUCCCCUGCGACUGGUAUUGAGAGGCAUCAUGCCUCUGAGGCUGGAGAUGGGCCACAGCCACCAGACUAGUAGCCAUUGAUAGACCUGUCCACCAUGAAUCUGUCUAAGCCCCUUUUAAAGCAACCAAAGCUGGUGGCCAUCAUCACCACAACCCAUGGCAAAGAAUUCCAUAGAUUAAUUAUGCACUGUGUGAAAAAGUACUUCCUCUUGUCAGUCCUAAAUUUCCCAACCUUCAGUUUCAUGGGGUGACCCCUGAUUCUAGUGUUGGGGGUGGGGGAAAUUUCUCUCUCUAAACCCUCCACUCCAUGCAUAAUUUUAUACACUUUGAUCAUGUUUCCCCUUAGUCGCCUCUUUUCCAAGGUAAAGAGCCCCAGAUGCUGUAGCCUAACCUCAUAAAGAAGGUGCUCUAGGCCCCUGAUCAUUUUGGUUGCCCUCUUCUGCACCUUUUCCAGUUCUACAAUAUCCUUCUUAAGAUAUGGUGACCAAAGCUGUACUCAGUACUCCAGAUGUGGCUACACCAUAGAUUUGUAUAUGGGCAUUAUAAUAUUAGCAUUUUAAUUUUCAAUCCCCUUCCUAAUGAUUCCUAGGAUAGAAUUAGCCUUUUUCACAGCUGCUGCACACUGAGACAACACUUUCAAUGAGCUGUCCACCAUGACCCCAAGAUCUCUCUCCUGGUCAGUCACCAACAGCUCAGAUCCCAUCAGCAUAUAUGUGAAGUUGGUGGGUUGUGCCCCAAUGUGCAUCACUUUAUGCUUGCUUACAUUGAACUGCAUUUGCCAUUUUGUCGCCCACUCCCCCAGUUUGGAGAUAUCUUUUUGGAGCUCCUCACAAUCUGUUGUGGAUUUCACUACCCUAAAUAGUUUAGUGUCAUCGGGAAAUUUGGCCACUUCGCUGAUCACUCCAACUUCUCGAUCGUUUAUGAAAAAGUUAAAGAGCACUGGUCCCAGUACCGAUCCCUGGGGUAUCCCACUUCCUACCUACCUCCAUUGUGAAAACUGUCCAUUUAUUCCUACUCUCUGUUUCCUGUCCUUCAACUAGUUACUAAUCCACACAUGAACCUGUCUCCUCAUCCCAUGACUGCUAAGUUUACUCAAGAGCCUUUGGUGGGGAACUUUAUCAAAAGCUUUUCCUUGCAGAAGCCAUUGACCUGUCCUUCGUCGGUCAAAUUUGACUGAAUUCAAUUUUACUUUGGGCAAAUUCAAAUCCAUUUGAGUGAAUCUCCAUUCUAUUUAAUGGUUUCGAAUUUGAAUCAAUUUGAAUUUGAUUCGCAUUUAUUUGAGCUGAUUUUGUGGAUGUCCCUGUUCAGCCCAGCAUUGAAGCCUAGAGGGUGCCCUUGCCCCAUGAAAACUAAACUCGUUGGCUGAAUUAAAGGCCAGGGUUUGGGUGGCUCAGCCUGGAAGUCCUGGUUUGAGACACUUCUGGUGCCUUACAUCCUGUGAGCUUCAUGGCUGAGUGGGAAUUUGAACCCAGGUCUCCCCAGGCUUAAAUAGAUAGGGGAUAGGGCCGGGCUGCAGAGGUGCUCUUACCUCUGGACUUCCAGGCCAAAGUCCAGGGCCUUCAUAGCCCCUGCCACCCCCCAAAUCCUCUUUAGUCUGUCCUGGGUGGUGUGGUCACCCGGCCGAGCAUGAUGAUGCUUAAUUUUCAGGGGAGGGGAGGCUUCCAAAGGCCUUUAGGUCCAGGCUCCAAAAUUACCUAGAUGCACCUCUGCCUAGCUCAGAGGCAGAGCAGCUGCUUUGCAUGCAAGAAGUCCCAGGUUCAAUCCCUGGCAUCUCCAAGUAGAAGAUGCCAAGUAGGACUUCAGCCACUGCAUCACAUUGGUUCACCAUAAGUAGCCUCCCAAUUCUAGCUUGCCAUUUCAGCUGAUGCAUUAUAAGCAGGAGUCUGUAUGCUAAAGCAGCAUCCCAUGGUCAGGAAAGGAACCUGAGCAGCUGUGCCUGUAUAAAGCCCUGCACUCCCCUUACUGCUUUAGUUACCACCAGCAAACACUGCAGAAGUAUCAGGGACUGGACAGGCUCUUCUAAUGUGAGUCUAGGGGUUGGCACAAUUUUUCAUUUUUUUAGCGCUUCAGGGAUGACUUCCCCCUUUGUGCACUAUGAUGAUGUUUGCUCCUAUCCUGCAACAGUAGUGUAAUCACUGACUAAUGUUAAUGGAAGAGGGGAAGAAGAUUUGCUGCAGUGGCAAUAGGCUUUCAGAAAAGGGGAAAGUCUCUUCGUUCCUUUAAAUGGAAAGGAAAUACUUUAGAACACACAAUAUAUAUUGUUAAGCACUCUGAAUACUGAAGUGUUUAUUUGUAUCUGUAGCAGUGGGCAUCUCAUUUGCAAAGGUACGACCAGGAAUAACAUAAGUCAGUGCUGCCUGUAACAGGCUGUCUUGUUACACAAGAGCCAGGGCACACCCUUGGUGCUAUUUAUAAAAAAAGCAAACCAGAUUCUUGCCAGUCACUGACAAAGCAGAAAUCAGAUCAUUUCCAGGACCAGGGUCCCCGCCAUGGAAUUUGCUCCUGAGAAGAAAGAGGCCUUCAUUGUGACCCGAGAAAUCCAUGCAGGCAGGAAAAAAAUCCCCUUGGGGUCUAUAGGUUGCCUUGUGGAGGGCAAGCCCAACAUGGGCCGCAUUGUUGACCUCAAAUCCAAGCCUGUCAUAGCCCUCGUGAGCAGCCACAUCAAACCCCUCAGCCGGCACCAGGCUGCCCUCUUACUCACCAUUGAGAGCCCCACAAAGAGGUACAAACUUCUUUGCAAUGAGCUGCUCUUUGCCUCCAUAUGCUGCCUGCAAAUCCAUGACGUGGUGCAGCUGAGAUGUGACAGAGUAGUGACUGUCGGUAUUGUGAGAGGUUUCUAUGAAAAGCGCAGGAAGCCUGGCAACGGAGAGCUGAAGAUGUUCCUCAUUGAGGUGGAUCUGCUGAAUCCAGUUAUUGGUGCUCUUGGCAACCUCUACUCUAGACUGAAGAUUGAUGCAAGCAAGAUUAUUGCUAUUAGCUCCAGUGCUACCAGUUCCCGUUGGUGCAAAGGGAGAUCCCAUAAGAAAGAUGAGUUUUACAUAAUCCGGAACUUGGCAGAAGACAACACAGAGGCAUUUUGGGAACAAGACAUCCUGCAGAAGAUGGAAGGUGCCAUGAAGGGCAUCCAAGGGCAUUGCAACUCCUGCUACUUGGACACAACCCUCUUCAGUUUGUUUGGUUUUUCCUCUGCCUUGGAUGACAUUCUCUAUUCUACUGAGGUACAUGAUACAUCGGCACAGCAAAUCCUGAGGCAGCAGAUCGUUCAGCCCUUGAGACAGUAUGGCUAUGUGGGAGCCGAGAAUGUGAUGAACUUGAGAAGACUGUUGCGGUGUGACAGUUUCAUUACAGAAGAGAAAGAUCCAGAGGAGUUCCUGAAUGCCCUUCUAGGAGAGGUUCUAGCUGUAGAGCCCUUGCUAAAAAUCAGGUCAGACAACGAAGUGCUGGGGUAUAAUUGCUAUCAAGUCCUUGCCGAGAAAGACAAUGCCAUCAGAGUGCCCACUGUGCAGCAGCUACUGGGAAAAUCCCUGCUGUCAUACAACCUAAAGUUUGAGGAGAUUCCCUCAUGCCUUAUCUUGCAGAUGCCUAGAUUUGGAAAGAGGUUUAAGACAUUCCCGUCAGUAUAUCCCUCUCUAGAGCUUGACCUCACAGACUUGGUGGACCAAACUUCUCAGGUGUGCUGUGUAUGCAAUGGGCAGGCAACAUACGGAUGCUCAUGGUGCCAUCUGGAUCCUCUCCUGAACCCAAACCAUGUGAAAUUGUUGAGGAAGAUUUCCAAGAUGCAUUCUCAACUGAACAGACUGAAAUAUUCCCAUAAAGAACUGGAUACGCACAGCUACUCCACUAAGCAGCAGACACUGGAGCUGUUUGCAGUUCUGUGCAUAGAGAGCAGCCAUUACGUGGCUUUUGUUCGAUAUGGCCCUUCCCAAAAAUCCUGGCUUUGCUUUGACAGCAUGGCUGAUAUGCUGGAAGAUGAGAAAAGAACAAGCAUCCCCAUGGUCAUGGCCUGCCCUCAACUUGGGCAUUAUCUGGCUAUGGCACCAGAGGAGUUUGCAGCUGUGGAUACCAAGCAGAUGGACAUGUUUUCCAGAAGAUUCUUCUGUGAUGCUUACACAUUCCUGUACCACCAGCCAAAGCACAGCUCUUACAGACAUCACUUCAGGAGUUGAGAUUGUCUUUUGCUAGGUCUUGGUAAGAAAAACUUUACAGGCUCACAGAAGCCACUACAUUUCUGUACAAGUGCAAACCUUUGCAUGGGCAGAAGUUACAGUCAUCUUAAAGCCCUUAAUUCAAACUCUUUAAGAACAUCCAGAAAGGCAUUGGUCUGCAUUAUAGCAGGCCAUUGCUUUGUUUGCUCUCUCCCCCUUGUUUGGGAAGUCUUUAGCCAAACCGUUCACACAAUCAACGUAUGUCUGCUCAAACAUUAUAUAUAACUUUAAUACAACAUUCUCUCUCCUAUCAAGCACUUUCAGAACUAUUCGUAGUCUAGCUUCUUGCUCACAUCAACAAGUAAAAUUUAGUUCUGGCUGACUCUACACCAGUAUUUAAUGUCUGGGCUGAACCUGAUCCAGCCUUUUCAGUAGAUUAAAGCAGAAAGUGUGACAUUAACGACCUCAGAACAGUGGUACAUAUGCUGGGAACCUUCCAGCUAGACUUUUGUAAUUUUACAGUUCAACUGGCUUCCAUUUUAAAAGAGCUCUACUGGCUACUAAUAAAUUUGUGAGCAAAAUAUAAAGUGCUGGUUAUCACCUAUAAAGCCCUUAACGGCUUGGGUCCAGGGUAUUUAAUAGAGCACUCUGUCAUGAACCUUGCCACUUGCUGAGAUCAUGUGGGGAGGUUCGGUUACAGCUACCACCGGCUCAUUUGGUGAAACAGGACUGCUCCUUCUCUGUGGCUGCCCCAAAGCUGAGCACCUGUCAAUACAAGAGCUUCUCCAUCUCUGGCUACCUUCAAAAAAUUGCUUAGGACACACCUGUUUUCUCAGGCCUUUUGACAAAUCUAUUUAAUAUUGUUAUUGUGUUUUGCAUUAUUGUUUUAAAAUGCUGUACACUGCCUUGGGGGAUGUGUUCAACCAUUUAUAAAUAUGAUGAAUGAAUAAAUGUAAGUCCCAUUACUUUCAAUAGGACUUAGUCAUGUCACAAGAAGUGGAUUAUAGAAUGAAAAAUAAGAUCUCUUCAUCUGUAAAAUAGGUGUCUUAACUGCUUCUUGGGGGCUUGUUUUCAAGCCAUUACAUUUAAAAUUGGAUAGUUUACAAUACAUUAAAAGACUAUCGGUUGUAACCAAAAUGCAUCACGGCAACCAAAUAUGUGCCAUUUUCAGAUCAUCCACAGUCCA